UUUAGCACUGGAUGUUUUCUCAAUUUCGCCACCGACACGACUGGUUUCCCCAACCAAUUUCCGGGUAUCCGUUCCCGCGUGGUUACUCUCGACUUUCACCUGCUGGUUCCGUUCUUCCGGGAGCUCAUCUUUAGCUGGGGUGCCGCGUCAUGCUCGGAACAGAGCAUCAUCAAUCUGGUUCAGGCUCCAAAUGACCCGUCGGAUGCUCGAAACUCGGACGGAUACACCUCGAAUGCAGCGGUUAUUAUUGUUGGUGGUGCUGCGGAAUCUUUACACUGCCGACCCAAUAACUAUCGGCUGGUGCUGAAAAAGCGCCGCGGUUUCUGUCGGAUUGCACUGAAAACCGGAACACCGAUCGUUCCAGUCAUCAAUUUCGGAGAGCUAGAUCUUUAUGACCAGGCCAGUAAUCCGCCAGGAUCACUGGUUCGACGUUUUCAGGAGAAAUUUAAGGCAACCACCGGAAUCGCUCCGGUGGCAUUCGUUGGACGUGGCUUUUUCCAGUAUAGCUUUGGUAUGAUUCCACGGCGAAAGCCUAUCAACACUGUUAUUGGAGCACCGGUUGAAGUAACUAAAAUCGACAAUCCAUCCAAAGAAGAUAUUGAAGCUUUGCAUGAAAGAUUCUGCGUUGCCCUCGAACAUCUUUUUGAAAGCCACAAAAGUAACUACAUCGAGAAGUACGAAGACGUAAAGUUGAUCAUAGAAUAG